AUGGUGGCUGUCCCCAAGAAAAAUGGACAAAUUAGGGUAUGUGUGGACCUCAAACAACUCAAUAAGGCAGUAAAGAGAGAGAAAUACAUGCUCCCCACCAUUGACGAUAUCCUACCUAGACUUGCAGAAGCCAAAGUCUUUUCACUCCUCGACGCUGCUAGUGGCUUCUGGCAGUUGCCCUUACAUGAGGACAGUGCAAAGCUGACUACAUUUAUAACACCUUUUGGCAGGUACUACUUCCGACGACUGCCUUUCGGAAUAACAAGUGCGCCAGAGAUUUUCCAGAGAGAAAUGUCAGAGCUCCUGAAAGACCAAGACGGCAUAGCAGUUUUCAUGGAUGACAUAUUAGUGUAUGGAAACUCGACAGAGCAACACAAACAAAGAUUUCAGAGUGCACUACGCACCAUCGAGAAUGCAGGACUGAAAUUGAACAAUGAAAAGUGUCUGCUGAGACAGAGCCAGCUCUGCUACCUAGGGCACGUGAUCGACAGCAAUGGCAUACAUCCUGACAAUGCAAAGAUCGAGGCCAUAACACAACUACAGCCACCUGAGAAUGUGUCCGACCUGAGACAGAUGAUGGGCAUGGUCCAUUACCUGGGCAGGUAUGUUCCACACCUGUCUGAGGUGACAAGGCCACUCAACGAGCUCCUGAGAAAGGACACAGCAUGGAUCUGGGGCCCAGCUCAAGAUGAAGCAUUCCACAAGGUAAAGUGCCUAAUCACAGAAUCACCUGUUUUGGCAUUCUACGACGUUACAAAGAAAACAAUUGUUAGUGCUGACGCCAGUAGUUAUGGGGUGGGCGGUGUUAUCCUACAGGACCAUGAGGGCGUACUGAAGCCAAUAGCCUACUGCUCAAGAGUGCUUACAGAUGCAGAGAAACGAUAUGCCCAAAUUGAGAAGGAGUGCUUAGCCUCUGUGUGGGUAUGCGAAAAGUUCUCCAGAUUCCUGUAUGGCUUAGAAAGCUUCACCCUUCAAACUGACCACAAACCACUCGUCCCAUUGAUAAACACCAAAGACCUUGACUCAGUCCCACUCAGGUGUCAGAGAUUGCUCGUGAGAAUGAUGCGAUACAACCCAGUUGCUGUGUAUGUGCCUGGCAAAGAGAUAAUUGUGGCGGAUGUGCUUUCAAGACACCCCCAGCCAGUCCUCACUGCGGAUGUCUGCGAGCUGAUCCAGGAAGUAGAGGCAUAUGAGGAAGCAGUCAGCAACGCAUGGCCCAUCUCGCCCACCAAAAUGGACAUUGUUAGGGCAGAGACAGGAAAAGAUGUGGAUAUGGAAAAGGUGAGGCACUACAUCAGGGCUGGCUGGCCCAAGUACGCUGCUAACGUUCCUCAUGCAGUGAAGCCAUACUUCAGUGAGAGACAUCACCUAUCCAUCUCCCAGGGGCUAGUGCUCUACGGCGACAGAAUUGUCAUACCCCAAAACAUGCGUGCUGACAUCUUGCAGAAGAUUCACAGCGGUCAUCAGGGCAUCGUGAAGUGCCAUGAGAGGGCCCAGAUGAGCAUCUGGUGGCCUGCCAUAGGAAAAGACAUUCAGCAGUUAGUCAGCAGUUGCAAAGACUGUCAAGAAUCACGACCUACACAGAGAAGAGAACCGCUGCUGACCACCCCGCUGCCUGCCCGUCCGUGGGAAAGAGUGGGUGCGGAUAUAUGUGAGUUGAACAAACAGUACUAUCUAGUAGCUGUAGAUUACUUCUCUAGAUAUAUAGAGACUGCACAUCUUCCUAACCUAGCUGGCGAGACAACUCGUACCAGACUGAAGUGCAUAUUUGCAAGAUGGGGUUGUCCUAAUGUCUUAAUUACUGAUAAUGGCCCACAGUUCACGGGCCGAGCUUUUCAGCAGUUUGCAAAAGACUAUGACUUUCAACACAUUACAACCAGUCCCCAUUACCCCCAGGCUAAUGGCGAAGCAGAAAGGGCUGUACAGACAGCGAAGAAAAUCCUAAAACAGUCUGACCCUUUUGCAGCACUGUUGAGCUACCGAUCAACUCCUCUCCAGGCCACAGGUGCGAGCCCGGCGCAGCUGAUGAUGGGGAGGCAGAUCAGGACACCGAUCCCCACACUGGAGUCACACCUGCAGCCUGCUUGGCCCGACCUGCACCAGGUGAGACAGGCAGACGCCAAAGCCAAAGCAAACUACAGGCGAAACUUCAACAGAAGGCACAAUGUCACAGACUUACCUGAGCUUAGUCCUGGAACUGCAGUUGCCCUGAAGCUUGACGGCGAGCAAGGAUGGCGGAAAGAUGGCAAAGUGCUCAAAAUGUGUGAGACACCAAGAUCCUAUCUCAUACAAACAGACAAAGGAGUACUGCGUCGCAACCCUCAUCAUUUGAUGCCCAAAGUCAACAUGGACGACGGCCCAGGAGCACCUGAGAAAGACACACCUGCUCCUGAGCAACCUACACCUAUGCAGGAAGCGCAGGCUAACAAAGACAUUCAACCGCACCAGAGUCCAAGUCACCAACCACCAGCAGUGGGGGCCUCACCGUCUCCGGUGAAGACACACAGUGGCUGUGCCGUGAAGCCUCCUGCAAGAUACAAAGACUUUGUGUAG